GAUGGAUGCUAAAUCCGUCGAGGAUCACGAGAUCAUCGCGGGGUCAGUCGUAGUCGUCGCGAUUAUUUUACAGAUUCUCUAUGCGGUGGGAGCGACGUUUUCUCGCGCGCGCGCGCGCAUAUAAGAUAGAAUUUUUCCCGACGAAGAGUUUCGAGUUCAAAGGUGGAAAAGUUGCGCGAUGGGAUACGUCACUUCCGGAGGCGACGUUAUAAAUAACGGGCGCGGUCGCGCGGCACGUAGUGCGUCGACCGUUUUUCCACAGAGUAUAUUUUCCAUUUGGUAGGAAUGUCCCCGUUCAAGGAGCAGCCGCUUUCCGAUAUGCCGAGCGACGAUCAGUUUUCGCUCAGCAGAUCGCUGAGAGACAAGGAGCGUAGCCCGAUGGAUAUACGCAUGAAUUUCAAUCGGGGUGACAAAAGGGGCGAGUACGAAUUAGGCGCUUACGGUUACGGCAAGAACAAUGUCAAGUUGUUGUACGUGCGCCGGAACGACGAGCUGCGCCACGAGAUUCGCGAGUACGAGGUCGACACGCACCUGCGUCUGGGCACGCAGAAGGAUUACCUCGAGGGUGACAAUCGCGACAUCAUCGCGACGGACAGCCAGAAGAACACGGUGUAUCUGAUGGCGAAGAAGCACGGCAUUCACUCGCCCGAGGCGUUCGCGCUUCUGCUCUGCUCUCACUUCCUCUACACGUACGAGCAGGUAGCGGAGGUCAGUAUCAACGUCGAGGAGUAUCCGUGGGCCAGGUAUCACGAUGACAACCGACCGCACAAUCACGCUUUCAUCAUGAGCCCCACCGCGACGAGGUUCUGCCAAGUCAGUCAGCUCAGAAACGAAUCGCCACGAAUACGCGGUGGAUUAAAGGGGCUGCGAGUGUUGAAGACCACGCAGAGCUCGUUUACAGACUUCAUUCAGGACGAGUACAGGACGUUGCCGGACAUGAACGAUCGUAUUUUCAGCACUGUCGUAACGGCGACCUGGGACUUCUCCACCGCGAGAGGAGUGGAUUUCGACGCCGUCUGGUACAUGGUGAAGGAAUGCAUUAUGCAGAAUUUCGCAGGUCCACCGGAUACGGGGAUUUACUCGCCAAGCGUCCAGAAUACGCUUUAUCUCACGGAAAAAUGCAUACUUGAUAAAGUCAAGCAAAUUUAUAGCAUCGAGAUGCAAAUGCCGAACAAGCAUUACUUUGAUCUGGAUCUCAGCAAAUUCUCCAAAGUCAUACAGGGACAGAACAAGGAGGUUUAUCUACCCAUGGAUAAACCGUCGGGUAUUAUUUACGCUCGAUUAAAUAGAAAAGAUUUCUCUGCUAAAUUAUAGACACAUGUAUAUAAUUGUUGGGUUAUUAAUAAAAUUUAAGGUUUCUAUAAUUAA